CGGCAUUCUGUUUAGCUUUUUCUGGCGCCAAAGGAGCCCAUGUCCGGAGUGAGCGCGCAGCGCUCGGAAGUUUUACGGUGUCCUAAGGAGCGGUUGCCCCAGAGAACGAAACGAAGAUGGACUUCAGUAAGAAGAAGAAUGGUUCCGGGGUGGCCCGGAAUCGAUCCAACAUGGAGAGAAUAACAUUGUUGGACAUGUACGAGGACUCGAGGGACAUCUUACCCGACUUCUGUGAUAUCGAAUACUUCUACGACGCUGCCUACAAGCGCUUGCAGAUUCUUCAGUGCAUUGAGGAGCUGAGCUCCAGGAUUUCUCGGAAGGACAACGAGUACCAGGACAAGCUUCUCGCGAGUCUGACGUCGAAAAGCCUGAGGCAUUGGGUUGAUAUCACGGUGGAAGUCGAGAAAGCGCAGAAGCGGGCAGAUGAUAGACGCGAAACCAAACGAAUGGAUCUUAUUUCGCACUUCACCCUCCGAUUAGCUUACUGUCAAAGCGAAGAACUUCGGAGAUGGUUUCUGCAGUGGGAGACGGAGCUUUUCCGGUUCCGCCUAGAGCGCGAAUCCACAGAAAUGGUUCAGGCAUUCCAAGAGGAUUGGAACCUCACGUUCGACGCGGUCAGUGACGAUGAGAAACUUCGCGUGAUGGCUUCGGUGGCAGCUGCUCGUCCCCAAACCAGCGUAGCGGUGAUCGCUUCCUCUUGUCUCCACAAAGUACAUUUUUCCAUGGUCCCGGAUAUGGUCGCGAAGCGUAGGGUCUACGUGAAUAAGGGAAUGGCUUACCUCCUACCCGAGGACACGAGGAGCAUAGUGGUAGCGGAGUUCCGGUCCUAUCUAUCCCGCGUCCUCACUAAACUAUCGACCUGUUCGAGCAUAUACCUGAAGGACGAUCAGGUUGCGCCUUUGAUGAAGCUCCUGGCUCGUCGACAAAUCCAGGCGGAGCGCACUUUCCGCGAAGAAGGCUCAGUCAGCCCUGCGGACCUGGAUCAACUCUCGAAGGACGCCUUCCCUCUGUGCAUGUCGAUGAUGCAUGACAAUCUGCGCGGAAAGCACCAUUUGAAACACACCGGGCGACUCGCCUAUACGCUCUUCCUGAAGGGCAUUGGUCUGUCCAUGGACGAUUCAUUGAAGUUCUUCGGUCAAGAAUUCGCGAAAUCAAUCGGUCCUGAUAAAUUCAAUAAAGAAUACGCCUACGCAAUUCGUCACUCGUACGGAAAAGAAGGCAAGCGCGCCGAUUACCGACCGUAUAACUGUAUGAAAAUUGUGAACCUCCACAAUCCAUCGGGCGUGGAAUGCCACGGAUGCCCCUACAAAGUACUGGAUCCCGAUGCGUUGAAAGUUCGUCUGCGUAGCUACAAUGUCACGGCCGGCGUCAUCAACGAUGUUAUGAGCGAUGUGAAAAAUUCGAAUUACCAGGCAGCGUGUACGAAGGUGUUCGAGUGUCGAUCGAGAGUUGUUCUCAACACAACGAUCGUGCAUCCAAAUCAGUACUACGAGGAAAGCGUCAAGGUUCUCCAGGGAACGUCUCAGCUGCAAUCCCAAGACAAUAAGAUCGAGAAAACAGUCGUGAAGACCUACAAGAAAGUCAAGAAGGAGCCAGAGAAUCAGGAAGCCCACGAGGAGAUCGAACAAGAAGCCCGACACGUGGAUGACUAG